AUGUUCGAUGGCGAUCCAAGUCGCCUAUCCAAGUCGCCAACCAACACAACCAACCGACCCACUUCUACUUUGGUAAGUGAUUGGUUUUGUAUAUGCGUUAGUACAAAAAAACUAAGAACCAAUAGAUAUCAUUUCGUUUUGAACAGUCCACAGCGACAGCAACGUGUCGUGGAGAUCAACAUCAUCAACAUUGGAAUACAGCACAGCAAAAUGAAAAUACUUCUGGUGUUGCUGGCCAGUGCGGUGGCCUUGGCAGCUGCCGAUGUGUCACACCUGUUCAAUCAUCAUGAACAUCGCGAUGACCAUGAACAUCACCAUCACUAUGAGCACAGCGAUUAUCAUCAACAUCAACAUCACCAUCAUCAACAUCAUGAGGAGAACGAUGGACACCAUCAUGGCUAUGAGUAUCCUGGCCAUGAAGAAGUGAGCCAUGCUCAUGAGGGUUAUGAUUAUCCUGUGCCUCAGAAACCAUUUGAGUUGCCCAAACCCACUCUGCCACCGGCACCAAAGCCCACAUAUUUGCCACCAACACCGCCGAAACCCACUUACCUGCCACCUGCGCCGCCUAAACCCACUUACUUGCCGCCAGCACCACCUAAGCCCACAUAUUUACCCCCACCUAAACCAGUGCCGACUUAUCUGCCUCCUAAACCAACUACGACAACUACUACUACUACCACAACAACGACAACAACGCCCAGGCCAACAACGCAAAGGCCAGCACCACCUAAGCCCACAUAUUUGCCUCCUGCACCACCUAAACCCACAUAUUUGCCUCCUGCACCACCCAAGCCCACAUAUUUGCCUCCUGCACCACCCAAGCCCACGUAUUUGCCUCCUGCACCACCUAAACCCACGUAUUUGCCUCCUACGCCACCCAAGCCCACGUAUUUGCCACCCAAGCCAGUGCCCACAUACUUGCCACCCACACCAGUCAGACCCACACUACCUCCAGCUCCACCAAAGCCCACUUACUUGCCGCCCAAACCAGUGCCCACUUAUUUGCCACCCAAGCCAACGACAACUACAACGACCACCACCACCACCACCACAACCACACCCAGGCCACCACCUCCCAAACCCACCUAUUUGCCACCAUCCCCACCAAAACCCACCUACCUGCCACCCAAACCCUCGUAUUUACCUCCUUCCCAACCAAAACCCACAUAUCUACCUCCCACCACACCCGUAGCCCAAUACCUACCUCCUGCUGAUUUCUUGCCACCCACACCCAUAAAAUCACAAUACAUAGCUCCAGCCCCCAAGUCGCCCUUUAAAAUUCCCAUACCCUCUUACGCCGCUCCUCUGGAAGAGCCCGAGGAAUAUGGCCAUGAACUGCAAGAGGAUGGUUAUCAUUACAAUGUACCAGCCAAGAAAUUCUUCUAUUGAACGCAUCGCCCAGGCAAUGUCACAUGACGGAAGUGAAUUUCUUUAUUUUUGUUUUUGGCUGGAAUUCGAACAAGAAAACGUAAUGAAGACUGAGUAUUAGAGCAAAUGCUGGUAUUAUUUGAAAAUACUUUUCGCGUUUAAGCAACUUUAUUUUUUUUUUUGCAUUUUAAUUUAAUUGUUGGUAUUUUCUUAAAACAAAACCCAAGAAAGCAAGAAAAAAAAAGAGAAAAAAAUCAAACAAACAUA